AUGCUUAAUAUCUUUGCUUUGAUCUGUUUUCAUUCUACCCUUCACCCGAGUAGUUUUUUCUUUGCCAAAUUGCCCGAGGCUUACGCUUUUUUCAAUCCAAUCGUAGAUGUUAUGCCAGUCAUACCUGUGCUUUUUUUUCUCUUAGCCUUUGUUUGGCAAGCCGCUGUAAGUUUUCGGUGA